UAAAAUCGAGAAUGAUUGAACUUUUUGAAAAACACGGAAUGGAAAUUGGAGUUUCGAUGAUGCGCACUAACAGAUUAAAAGUUGCCUUUGGAAAAGUUUGGCCGGAACUUAUGUUUAUUCCACGGGAAGGUACCACCGACCUCGUUUGUUCACGAGAGAUUGAUGUUGAUGAAGCGUUAGCAAAGUAUGUCAAGUUAGAGAAGUCUUUUCAGUCGGCAGCCGAACAGAAUGAUAUUGAAGAAUGCCUAUCCAGUGUAUUCUUAGAUGAAAAUGCAAAUGAAAACACAUUUUUUGUAUGAAGCAGCUGUUAUAUUGAGAAGACGAAUUCAGCAGUCACAUGGCCUUGACAAUAUGUACUUUUCUAAAGAUGAGAUCAACAUUAACGAACAGGUCAAAUUCUUAGAUCCUUUAUUGUUCCAAUUUGUAAAUUGGGUAGCCUCUGAUUCAAAACUAGAAGAUAGUCAUAAUGAUCCAGACCAGAGAAUAGUAUCUGUGUGUUCAGAUAUCACAUAUCUAGUUAAACAUGUGAUAACUCCCAAACACCUCGGAUUAUCCAUAUAUCUCCACCACUCAUUCGGGAGUAAGAAACUGAUAGAGGAUUUACACAGUCACGGAUACACAUUGUCUUACAACGAAUAUAGACAGUUCUUAACAUCUGCAGCAUUACAUGCAUCAUCCAUGCAGAAGAAGACAUUUUCAGGUGCAAUUAUCCCUGCUCAUAUGUCACGGGAAGAAAGACCUGAUGAUGACCUAAUCGUAGUUGCAGCGGACAACUGGGACCACAACGAAGCAACGCUUAGUGGGAAACAGUCUACACAUGCCAUGACAAGUAUCCUGGUAACUGGAAGAAACCGGUGUGCAUCAGAGCGCAUACCUAGAGUGUCAGAACGGUCAAUCAAUCUAUCAAGUCUACCAGGUGUUGGACUAUCAAAUACUCUGGUGUACAAGAAACCUACAAGCAGGCCAAUUCCACCAUUAUCUCCAGUUGAGAUCAGCGAACUCAAACCAUCCGAGCCCGCCGAAACUCAGAAGAUGCGCACAAAUGAGUUAAUGUAUAACAUUAAUCGGUUAGUAACCACUGAAUGUCCGCCGUGGACUGUUUUUCAAACACAUGCAUUUCCUGAUUCAGUUCAAGAACCAUCUGAAAUUGUGUAUAAUCCAAUCAUCAUGGCACCUCCAAAUGAUCCAAACACUAUUUACACAACACUUAAACGCACAAAAGAGCAAGUAAAUGCAUUGGGUCAAUCUGUGUGUCCAGUAAUAUUUGAUAUGGGUUUGUUGACCAAAGCUCUGGAAAUUGUGUGGUCUAGACCUGAGGAAUUUGAAGGUGUUGUACCGAUUGAGGGUGGAAUGCAUUUUCUGAUGAGUCUUUUUGGUGGUAUCGGAUUUAUCUAUGGUGAUGCAGGGCUGAAACACUUAUUGGUUGAGUCAGACGUUUUUGCUCGAAACACCGCUGAUCAUAUACUGUCAGGCAAAGACUUUGAUCGUGCACUUCGAGCAUUGCUUAUGGUUGACGAAGUGCUAAACAGGCGCCUGUUGAUUAAUUUUUUCAGAUGGGCAGAGGACUAUGGCCACACUAUCCCGCUGUCGCUUUUUGAGAAGUUUAAGCUUCUCAACAUUAGAUCAAAUGGAUCUGACACAGUGUUGGCUGAAAUCGGCAACCAGAUCGAGGUGACAAUCAGCCCACUUUUGAAAAUGUUUCGUGCUGAAGGUAGGCUCAAUUCACCACUAUUUCAGUUCUGGGAUGAUUACUUGACUCAUGUUUCUUUGCCCCUCAAACUCUACCUUGCAGCUUCAAGGCAUGCACUCUGGGAUACCUAUAUGUACAGUAAGACCAUAUUGUUGCCGUUUCUCUUUUGUUCGAACCGCACUGUGUAUGCACGGUACAUGCCUUACAUGGUGAUGAACAUGAACCGUCUGCCAGAUACUCUGUUAGAUAGUUUUCAGAAAGGCAAGUUCGUAGCAAAACUCACAGAUGGCAUGUUUAAUUGUGUUUGGAUUGAUUACGUAUUGGAGGUCACUCAGAAUAAAAGUCUGAAAUCAUCAGGUGGAAUAGUUGGAAUAACACACAAUGACAGUGCUUUGAUGCGAUGGUUCCUAUCAAGACCAUUAACAGCCAAGUAUGCAAUGGAGUUUCAAUCAGGGCAGAAACCAUCACACCAUGACCCUGGGAAACAUCACACAGAUACUCCUUACCAUAGGAAAGCAUACAAUGAGUCUGUUGAUCAAAUGCUUAAGCUCUUUGAAGAGGAUACCUUCAUUGAUCCGUUUUGUCUGACUUCACCCCCAUCUACCCUUACAAACAUGGCCACCGGUGUGCCAGCCCCACCAGAGAUUGCUGCAAGUCUAUUGGGAUGUCACAUUACUGGUGAAACGAUGUUGCACAAUUUUGUACGUGACCGAUUUCAGGUGAAAGGUGAACAGCCACCGAAGAAAAAAUUCUUUGAUCCAAUGCCUCGAACAAAGGUAAAGACAAUGGGAGCCACAAAGGCAUCAGUAAAACUAAAAACAAGACCCUUAACAUCAAUGGCGAAGAGAUGUAUGAUGGAACAGUUUGAAGAUGCAAACUCGAGAAAAACGUGGUGA